GCCCCGGCCCCCGCCCCGCCGGGCCCAGCCCCAGCGCCAGCCCGGCCCGUCCCGUGCGGGCCCGUGCCGCCCCUCAGCGGGCGACGCCCCGGGCCGCCCGCCUGCCUGCCACCAUGGAGCUGGAGGACGGUGUGGUGUACCAGGAGGAGCCCGGCGGCUCCGGGGCCGUGAUGUCGGAGCGGGUGUCCGGCCUGGCCGGCUCCAUCUACCGCGAGUUCGAGCGGCUCAUCGGGCGCUAUGACGAGGAGGUGGUCAAGGAGCUGAUGCCACUGGUGGUAGCCGUGCUGGAGAACCUGGACUCGGUGUUCGCGCAGGACCAGGAGCACCAGGUGGAGCUGGAGCUGCUGCGGGACGACAACGAGCAGCUCAUCACCCAGUACGAGCGGGAGAAGGCGCUGCGCAAGCACGCCGAGGAGAAAUUCAUUGAAUUUGAAGACUCUCAAGAACAGGAAAAAAAGGACUUACAGACCCGAGUGGAGUCUUUAGAAUCUCAAACAAGACAACUUGAACUCAAAGCAAAAAACUAUGCUGACCAGAUUAGCAGACUUGAAGAAAGAGAAGCAGAACUGAAGAAGGAAUAUAAUGCAUUACAUCAAAGACACACUGAGAUGAUUCAUAAUUAUAUGGAACACUUAGAAAGAACAAAACUUCAUCAGCUCUCAGGGAGUGAUCAACUAGAAUCCGCAGCUCAUAGUAGAAUUAGAAAAGAACGCCCUAUAUCAUUAGGAAUUUUCCCAUUACCUGCUGGAGAUGGAUUGCUUACACCUGACACUCAGAAAGGAGGCGAGACACCUGGAUCAGAGCAGUGGAAAUUUCAGGAAUUAAGUCAACCACGUUCUCAUACCAGCCUGAAGGAUGAACUUUCUGACGUUAGCCAAGGUGGAUCUAAAGCUACCACUCCAGCAUCAACAGCUAAUUCAGAUGUGGCAACAAUUCCUACUGAUACUCCCUUAAAGGAAGAUAAUGAAGGAUUUGUGAAGGUUACAGAUACAACAAAUGUAUCAGAGAUAAGCAAGCACAUUGAAGUACAGGUAGCCCAAGAAACUAGAAAUGUAUCUACAGGUAAUGCUGAAAAUGAAGAGAAGUCAGAAGUUCAAGCAAUCAUUGAAUCCACCCCUGAGUUGGAUAUGGACAAAGAUCUCAGUGGAUAUAAAGGUUCAAGCACUCCCACCAAAGGCAUAGAGAACAAAGCUUUUGAUCGCAAUACAGAAUCUCUCUUUGAAGAACUGUCUUCAGCGGGCUCAGGCCUAAUUGGAGAUGUGGAUGAAGGAGCAGAUUUACUAGGAAUGGGUCGUGAAGUUGAGAAUCUUAUAUUAGAAAAUACACAACUGUUGGAAACCAAAAAUGCUUUGAAUGUAGUGAAGAAUGAUCUGAUAGCAAAAGUGGAUGAACUGACCUGUGAGAAGGACGUGCUGCAAGGGGAGCUGGAGGCCGUGAAACAAGCCAAACUGAAGCUGGAGGAAAAGAACAGGGAAUUGGAGGAAGAGCUUAGGAAAGCUCGUGCAGAAGCUGAAGAUGCAAGGCAAAAAGCAAAAGAUGAUGAUGAUAGUGAUAUUCCCACAGCCCAGAGGAAGCGGUUUACUAGAGUAGAAAUGGCCCGUGUUCUCAUGGAGAGAAACCAGUAUAAAGAGAGAUUGAUGGAGCUUCAAGAAGCUGUUCGAUGGACAGAGAUGAUUCGGGCAUCACGAGAAAAUCCAGCCAUGCAGGAAAAAAAAAGGUCAAGCAUUUGGCAGUUCUUCAGUCGACUUUUCAGCUCCUCAAGUAAUACGACUAAGAAGCCUGAACCACCUGUUAAUCUGAAGUACAAUGCACCCACCUCUCAUGUUACUCCUUCUGUCAAGAAAAGGAGCAGCACCUUAUCUCAGCUCCCGGGGGAUAAGUCCAAAGCCUUUGAUUUCCUUAGUGAAGAAACUGAAGCCAGUUUAGCCUCACGCAGAGAACAAAAGAGAGAGCAGUAUCGUCAGGUAAAGGCACAUGUUCAGAAGGAAGAUGGUAGAGUACAGGCUUUUGGCUGGAGUCUGCCUCAGAAGUACAAACAGGUAACCAAUGGUCAAGGCGAAAAUAAGAUGAAAAAUUUACCUGUGCCUGUCUAUCUCAGACCUCUAGAUGAAAAAGAUACAUCAAUGAAGCUGUGGUGUGCUGUUGGAGUCAAUUUAUCUGGUGGGAAGACCAGAGACGGUGGCUCUGUUGUUGGAGCAAGUGUAUUUUACAAGGAUGUUGCUGCUUUGGAUACAGAAGGCAGUAAACAGCGAAGUGCAUCUCAGAGUAGCUUAGAUAAGUUAGAUCAGGAACUUAAGGAACAGCAGAAGGAGUUAAAAAAUCAAGAAGAAUUAUCCAGUCUAGUCUGGAUCUGUACCAGUACUCAUUCAGCUACAAAAGUUAUCAUCAUUGAUGCUAUUCAACCAGGCAACAUCCUCGACAGUUUCUCUGUUUGCAACUCUCAUAUUCUGUGCAUUGCAAGUGUACCAGGUGCACGAGAAACAGACUACCCUGCAGGAGAAGAUCUUUUAGAAUCUGGUCAGGUAGACAAAGCGUCUUUAUGUGGAAGCGUGACAAGCAACAGCUCGGCAGAGACAGACAGCCUUUUGGGAGGCAUCACAGUGGUUGGUUGUUCCGCAGAGGGUGUGACAGGAGCUGCCACUUCCCCUAGUACCAACGGUGCUUCCCCGGUGAUAGAAAAACCACCAGAAAUGGAACCAGAAAAUAGUGAGGUUGAUGAAAAUGUUCCAACAGCAGAAGAAGCAACUGAAGCCACAGAAGGCAAUGCAGGGUCAGCUGAAGACACUGUGGAUGUUUCCCAAACUGGCGUGUACACAGAGCAUGUCUUUACAGAUCCUUUGGGAGUUCAAAUCCCAGAAGACCUCUCCCCAGUGUACCAGUCAAGUAAUGACUCAGAGGCAUAUAAAGAUCAAAUACCAGUAUUGCCAAAUGAACAAGACCUGGUGAGAGAAGAAGCCCAGAAAAUGAGUAGUCUGUUACCAACUAUGUGGCUAGGAGCACAAAAUGGCUGUUUGUAUGUCCAUUCAUCUGUAGCCCAGUGGAGGAAAUGUCUCCAUUCCAUUAAACUUAAAGAUUCGAUUCUCAGUAUUGUACACGUGAAAGGAAUUGUUUUAGUGGCCCUGGCUGAUGGCACCCUUGCGAUCUUUCACAGAGGAGUUGAUGGGCAGUGGGAUUUGUCAAACUAUCACCUCUUAGACCUCGGACGGCCUCAUCAUUCUAUCCGAUGCAUGACUGUGGUACAUGACAAAGUCUGGUGCGGCUAUAGGAACAAAAUCUAUGUGGUUCAGCCAAAGGCCAUGAAAAUAGAGAAAUCAUUUGAUGCGCACCCCAGGAAGGAGAGCCAAGUGCGACAGCUCGCGUGGGUGGGUGAUGGUGUGUGGGUCUCCAUUCGUUUGGAUUCCACACUCCGUCUCUAUCAUGCACACACUUACCAACAUCUGCAGGAUGUGGACAUUGAGCCUUAUGUCAGCAAAAUGUUAGGUACUGGAAAACUGGGCUUCUCUUUUGUGAGGAUCACAGCUCUUAUGGUGUCUUGCAAUCGUUUGUGGGUGGGGACAGGAAAUGGUGUCAUUAUCUCCAUCCCAUUGACAGAAACCGUAAUCCUCCACCAGGGACGUUUACUGGGGCUGAGGGCAAAUAAAACCUCAGGAGCACCAGGAAAUCGUCCUGGAAGUGUAAUCCGCGUAUAUGGUGAUGAAAACAGUGAUAAAGUGACUCCAGGAACAUUUAUACCCUAUUGUUCAAUGGCACACGCACAGCUUUGCUUCCAUGGGCACCGGGAUGCUGUGAAAUUCUUUGUGGCAGUGCCAGGUCAAGUCAUCAGCCCACCAAGUGGCAACAGUGGCACAGAUCUAACAGCCGACAAAGCAGGGCCAUCUGCACAGGAGCCUGGUAGCCAGACGCCCUCAAAGUCUAUGCUUGUCAUCAGUGGAGGAGAGGGCUACAUUGACUUCCGAAUGGGUGAUGAAGGUGGAGAAUCAGAACUUCUUGGAGAGGAUCUUCCACUUGAACCUUCUGUCACCAAAGCAGAAAGGAGUCACUUGAUAGUGUGGCAAGUGAUGUAUGGCAGUGAGUGAGCCCAUAGGAAACAGGCGGAGAUGGGGAAGCCGUCUCUUCUGCAUGGUUUAUUUUCCCUUUUCCCCUUUAUUUAAUGCUCUUUUUGUGAAAUAAGUUUCACCACAUAAUGUGUGAGCAUUUUUUUCCUGUUAACCUUAUAUUACAAAAUCUGUUCUACCAUAACAAUACAGAGGAACUAGCCAUUUUCCUGCACCAGUGUUAUAGGCAAUUUCAGUAUAUUAUGAACAAAUCAAAGAAUGUUUACUUUCUUCAAACUGGUAAAUUAUAGAAAGCAAUCCAGAUGUGGUUUACUCUGCCACCAUCUAAUGUCACUCACUUCAUUUGGUGGGAUCACUUUUUAGCUGUCACUAAUAAUGGAAUUAAUGGAAAACACUUAAUGAAUGAAACUGUACCGUUAAGUACAAUAGCAGAGUUUUGCCCAAUGUAUCAUAAAAUUGACACGCACUAAUAUCAAGUGGAUUAUCAGGAUUUAUCUAAAUGUCCCGAGAGGGCUAAAAGCUAACUGUAAAUUACUUUAACUUUCACUUUCAAAUCUGACAAAUCUUGUUUAUAUGGUAUAUAAAACUUUGUUUUCAUCAGAUUUGGGGGGGUUUUAUAUUAAAGAAAUUAAGACUACACUAUUUAAAUAAACGUUUCCUGUUUCUGACUUA